GCAGCUGCGCACACUUGUUAGUGGCCACUGCGUUUAAAGGAUGAGCCACAGUCAAGUUGUCUCCUAUGAUAAACAGUUCCGCUAUUGACUUUCACAGUAAUGGCAUCACGCGUGUGUGAGCCGUCGCAGGGCCGUGUGGCACUCCCCUUUUAUUCCCUCUGUUGUUUCGGGCUGUACUGCGACACGCGUUACGCUUCCUAUCCUCGCCUCCCCGUCUCCCAGUGAGCCGACCGCUCUCCCCCAAAUGGAGGCUUGUGUGUGAAAAAAUAUCAUGUUGAUGCGAAGAAACGGGGUCAGCGGCGGAAAAAGGAGGACGCAUCCCCGAUCCCGAGGCUUGACUCUCCUCUCCCGGCGGUUCCCAUGUCUCCGCUCAGGGCUGCUCUAAACCAAAAAGUCCGUCAUCCGACAAUGGGUCGUGGGCGAUCAUCCUGCAGCUGCUCGGGGAGCCGAGGAUAGGGGGCCAACACACCGAACAGAGUCCCCCACAGUGGCCUGUUCCCCCGGUUCUGCUUCUCCUCUCAGCCGGGGCGUUUUGGAGGCGAACCGUCCACCGUGCGUAAAUGUGCUCGAACGAGGUAGAAAAAGCAGAACUCAGGGAGGCUUUUUAAAACGCCGAACCGGAGCGUUUUCGGUCUGCCAUCGGAGUGAAUCGAUUUCUUUGUGGUUCCGCGAGGCGGAUGGAGUGAAUUGUGCAAAAAGGGGGGGAGUCAAACUGCAGUUUGGUUGCGUGUGAUGAUAGGAGACACAAUGACGCUCUUGUCUCUUCUGGGUCGGAUCAUGCGUUAUUUUCUCCUCAGGCCUGAGACAUUGUUUCUGUUGUGCAUAAGCCUGGCGCUGUGGAGCUACUUCUUCCAUACCGACGAGGUGAAAACCAUCGUCAAGUCCAGCCGGGAUGCCGUGAAGAUGGUGAAGGGAAAAGUGGCCGAGAUGAUGCAGAACGAGCGUCUGGGAGGCCUCAGUAUCCUGGAUGCAGAGUUCUCCAAGACGUGGGACUUCAAGAACAACAACGUGGCCGUGUACUCGAUACAGGGGAGGAGAGACCACAUGGAGGACCGAUUCGAGGUGCUGACCGACAUCACCAACAAGAGCCACCCGUCGAUAUUCGGGAUAUUUGAUGGGCACGGCGGAGAGGCUGCAGCUGACUAUGUGAAGGCCCACCUGCCGGAGUCCCUGAAGCAGCAGCUGCAGGCCUCUGAGAGAGAGAAGAGGGAAAACACUGUCAACUACGCCAGCAUCCUCGAACAACGCAUCCUGACUGUGGAUCGCGAGAUGGUGGACAAGCUCUCCGCCAACCAUGAUGAAGCAGGAACAACGUGCCUGAUGGCGCUGCUGUCCGAUAGAGAGCUCACAGUGGCCAAUGUUGGAGACUCACGAGGUGUGUUGUGCGACAAAGAUGGGAAUGCCGUUGCGCUGUCACAUGACCACAAACCCUAUCAGCUUAAAGAACGCAAGAGGAUCAAAAGGGCAGGUGGUUUUAUUAGUUUUAAUGGGUCCUGGAGAGUCCAGGGGAUCCUAGCUAUGUCACGGUCCCUGGGGGACUACCCGCUCAAAAACCUCAACGUGGUCAUCCCCGAUCCUGACAUAAUGACCUUUGACCUGGACAAACUACAGCCAGAGUUCAUGAUCUUGGCGUCUGACGGCCUGUGGGAUGCCUUCAGCAAUGAGGAGGCGGUGAGGUUUGUCCGCGAGCGUCUGGACGAGCCCCACUUCGGAGCCAAGAGCAUCGUCCUGCAGUCGUUUUACCGCGGCUGCCCCGACAACAUCACCGUCAUGGUGGUGAAGUUUAAAAGUGGAGCGAGGGGCAGCAGCAAGGGGGGUGACUAAGUCGGGGUCGCCUUUAAAAGCUUGUGAUUCGAUCGGUAUGAUUUAUUUUUCAAUAUCUUCCGAUUACAGGAGAACGGGGGGGGAAACUGAAGGAUUUGACAAGUACACACAUACAGACACGCGCACUCACACUUAAAAUAAAGUUUUAUUUUCUCACACCAAUAAGAAAAGGGCAUUUAAUCACAGAUACCAUGACUAUCUUCUAUAAAAUGAUGAACUCCUGAGAAAAAUGAAGUAGAGUACUAGGACUAAAAACACAGGGGUUUGUCUGGACCAGCACACAUUAGAAUGUGAUUGUUUACUACACACGCACAUGAAUGGUAAGGCUCCACUGGAGGCUUUUUUUUCAGAGGAGGCUUAAAGUUGUGCCUACUUAAGAAUGACUGUAUAACUAAAGGAAGGUGCUGAACAUGCAACUGCUAAAACACCUCCCAGCUUCUGGCAUUUCCGUGAUUCUCUUAAGUGUCGUUUGUGUCUAUUCGGUUUUCAGUGAACUUGAAUUAUUUUGUCAAGUUGGAAAAAAAAAACACUCCAGUGGAUCCAUACCUUAGAUCAUCUUUGAUGCCACCUCCAAAUUGAACUUCUGAGCGUGAAACACUGAACAGCUGCAUAUUUAAGUGGUGCGUGAUAAUUGUGUGAAGUUUGAGCCUUAGCUCAUCAUCGACUCAUGCUGGGUGACAACCUAAAAGUGGGUGAAAACCUAAGUCAUCUACAGCAAGACGGGAGUUUCCUUUGAAGACUGAUUUUAAAGUUUGCAGACAUGUGAUACUCAUAAGAGAAAUUAAGGGUUAACCAACACCACGUACACAAGUGGCAUUGAAAAUGCAAUGUUCAGAGGUACAUGAUUUUGAAAGUUAAUUCUUACAUAUCAGCCAACGCUAACACUGUCUGUCCCCUGAAAUGCAGGAGGGUUUUAAUGUAUGUAAAACCUAAUUCAGAACCAUUCACCUCAUGUUAUGGAACCAAUGUGAACCGUUUCCUUAAAUGGUUUUGUUUGCACCAUCUGCAGCAGGGCAUGUGCUUUGGCUUAUCCAUGUUCACGAUCGGGAAACUUGCAGUGUUUGUCACUGGAUUCUGGUGUCUGCCUGUUGACCUGCAAAGCACAGAAGUCUUGAUGUGCUUGAAGUGACUCAAAGAUGACUCAUCAUGAGCUUUACAGCUGCAGGCAGAAUGCUAGUAAUUAGAAAUAUGAUAUGCUCUUGAAGCAAUUCAACUGGCAUGGUCAACUUAUCAACGACUGUUCCAGUAAGCCGUACUUGAUUUACUACUGUUUUUAGUUCAACUGUUACCACUGUGUACCAUCACCUUUCGUCUGCUGUAAUGGUGGAUGAGAUAUAUUUUUUAUUUAACAUCAUACCUAAUGCCUUAUUUAUUGUUUUUGGAUGUCUGGCAGAUUGCCGAAUCAGCAUAUUGUAUGUUUAUUUUAUGUCCUUCUGUACAUCAGCAGAAGUUUAUAAUAAAAAAAAACGAAACAAAACAUCAUCUUACUGUGAGAAGCCGUCCAUGAUCAACCUGUGGUUGGAUGUUCACCAUGAAAAGUAUGCUCUAUGUAAUCUAUCAGUAUUAAACAAACUCUUUCAAGUGAAAUA